CUGCCCCAUUUGGGAGGAGAUUCCCAGGAGUCUCCCCCAUCCCUUGGGGAGCAGCUGAGGACCGGGAGGUGCAUCCGAGGGCCGAAGAGAGCUCUGAGAUUGCGCCCGAGUUCAAGGACCAAGUCUUUCCUUAAACCAUUUUACAGAUGGGGAAACUCGAGAUCCAGAAAAGGGAAACUCGAUCAGGUCACCCCGAGCCAAUAGCAGAAGUCCGAAACAGUUUUCUCUGCGAAGAUGGGAGUGAAGGUCCGCACAGUCGAUGCGGGAGCCGUGGCCGAAGCCCAGCACUAACAGUGCUGACCAGGGAAUCCAGACUGCGUGGAAGGCUGUACUCUUCCUUGCCUCGGUUUCCCCCGCACUACCUCGGGGAGGACGGCAGACGAGGCAACUGGUCAAACGCGCACCUGCCAAGACUCUCCCCGCGCCUCCCAAGUCUGAUGGAAGUUCCUUUAGCGAGCUACCUCCCAGCCCUUUAAAAUCCGGUCCUCCAGCUCGAGCCUCUCGGCGUUCUAUUGGAAAGACUCCAGGGUCCUGGUCCAUUCUCUAGAAUGAACUGCUAAGGCUACCGCGGGAGCCUUCCUGGAACUGCUAACUGCGCAGGCGCAAGGGCAGCCCACCCGGAAGGCGGAAGAACCGGGCCCCAACUUGUUGGGUGGGUCGGGGGCGGAGAGUGUGUUAACCAAUGACCUGAAGGAUCAGGGAGGGCAGGUUUAGGCCCUCCGUUGCUAAGCGCUAUUCUAGUGGGAGGUGAUUUAAGAAAUGGGGUGAAGGGUAGUCCCAAUGGCCCUUCACGUCAACAUCCUUCGGGCCCGCGGAAGUUAAGCAACCAAGAGGCGGGCCUAGGACCGGAAGCAGGAAGGAGGGCGCAGGAAGCAGGGCGCUGCAGCCUGUCGUACUGUCGGUGCGUGAGUCUGUCGGUUCCGAGGGCAGGAUGGAGAAACUGCGGCUUCUGAGCCUCCGCUACCAGGAGUACGUGACUCGCCACCCGGCCGCCACGGCCCAGCUGGAGACGGCAGUGCGGGGCCUCAGUUACCUGCUGGCAGGUCGCUUCGCGGAUUCGCAUGAGCUGUCAGAGCUGGUGUAUUCCGCCUCUAACCUGCUUGUGCUGCUCAAUGACGGGAUCCUGCGGAAGGAGCUGCGGAAAAAGUUGCCUGUGUCGCUGACCCAGCAGAAGCUGCUGACGUGGCUGAGUGUGCUCGAGUGCGUGGAGGUGUUCAUGGAGAUGGGGGCCGCCAAGGUGUGGGGUGAAGUGGGCCGUUGGCUCGUCAUUGCCCUCAUCCAGCUGGCCAAGGCUGUCCUACGGAUGUUCCUGCUGAUCUGGUUCAAGGCUGGCCUCCAGACCUCACCCCCCAUCAUUCCGCUGGACAGGGAGACCCAGGCACAUUCCCCGGCCCGCGAGCCUUCACUGUGCACCUGUUCUUUGCAUGCCCUCCUGGAAACACGUCCCUCUGACAGUACGGCCUUCUGUCUGUCCGUGCUAGAUUGUGACCCGAGCCCCGGCAGCCAGGAGCAGUCAUACGUUGGGAAGCGGUCAAACCGAGUGGUACGAACCCUCCAGAACACUCCGUCCCUGCACUCGAGGCACUGGGGAGCCCCCCAGCAGCGGGAGGGACGACAGCAGCGGCAGCACGAGGAGCUGAGUGUCCCCCCCACCCCGCUGGGGCUGCAAGAGACCAUCGCAGAGUCCUUGUAUAUCGCCCGGCCCCUGCUGCACCUGCUCAGCCUGGGCCUGUGGGGUCAGCGGUCGUGGACGCCCUGGCUCCUGUCUGGUGUCGUGGAUGUGACCAGCCUGAGCCUCCUGAGUGACAGGAAGGGCCUGACCCGGAGGGAGCGGCUGGAGCUGCGGCGCCGGACCAUCUUGCUGCUCUACUACCUGCUGCGCUCCCCGUUCUAUGACCGCUUCUCCGAGGCAAGGAUCCACUUCCUUCUCCAGCUACUGACAGACCAUGUCCCGGGCGUUGGCCUGGUCGCGAGGCCGCUCAUGGAUUACUUGCCCACCUGGCAGAAAAUUUAUUUCUACAGUUGGGGCUGACACACCCCGGGAGCGGGUGCAGGGAGGGGCGGGGUGGCGCGCCCUGCUGCUGGGGGCAGGGGGUGCCUCGGCCCUUCAGUCCCCCGGGCCCCCUCUGCUAUAAUAAAACUGACUCCGGCGGUGUCCGA